CGCGAGGCGCCCAGGAGAGAAGAAAAGCAGCUUCGCCAUGAGAGACUAGUAGGGAACCCGGAAAAAUCCCGUCCGACGUGGCCCAUGCUCUUUUUCUCCGCUUCCCCUCCUCCCCCGGGCCCUAUGUAUAACGUUCUCUUCUUCCCGUCUCGUCUCUUCUCCCCGCCUCUCGUCUCCUCUCCUGUGCUCGGUCUGUGUCUUGGUGGUGUGGAGACCUUGGGCAGUGUGAUUUGGUUUUGGGGAUUAGUUCGCUCUUGCACACUGUAGAUGGCCUCUUUGCAGGAGAACGCGAUGGCAACCGACGAAAACGCCGUCGCUCAUCGUGCUGCCGGUGGCGAGAACACCGUGGAUCAUCAUCGCAAGAACCAUCUGAAUUCCGACGACAUGGAUUUGUCAGGGGAAGACCACGUACCGAAGGCACGCAAGCCUUACACGAUCACGAAGCAGCGGGAGAAGUGGACCGAGGAAGAGCACAAGCGGUUCUUGGAGGCCCUUCAGUUACACGGCCGCGCCUGGCGCCGUAUCCAAGAGCACAUAGGCACCAAGACCGCCGUGCAAAUACGGAGCCACGCGCAGAAGUUCUUCUCCAAGGUCACGAAAGAAUCGUCGGGGAGCAGCGGCGGCGGCUCGGGCAGCGUCGCGGCGGCGGCGAUCCAGAUCCCCCCGCCGCGGCCGAAGAGGAAACCGGCGCACCCGUACCCGCGCAAAGCGGACGAGGGCGCACCGGCGGCCAGCAAGCACGGCGUCACGGGGCUCACGCAGCUGGAGAGGCCCCCUCCCGUGCGGAUGCAGUCCAUGUGCGAGCAGGAGGACGGGUCGCCGACGUCCGUCUUGGGCGGCGGGUUCUCCAACAACUCCAACGGCAGCAGGUCGCCGCUCCCAUCGGCCGCUGGUUCGGAUGAACAUGGGAACAACAACGUCUACGGCUCGUCGGUGGACGGGUGCUUCUCGUCAAGCAUCGCAACUGACGAAUUGGGUCUGCAGGUGCCAAAAACCAAGGCGUCAGAACGAAUUUCAAACGGUGAUGUCAAAGAAGCGUCAUAUACAGGAUCAGAGACAUCAGUCCUUAAGCUAUUUGGCAAGAGCGUCGUGCUGAAGGAUUCAUGUCAGAAGCCGAACACCAGCACCGGGACCCUGCAUAACGGCGGAGACCUGGGAACGGAAGCUUCAGCCGAGACAGCUACGCAAAGAAGCAGAAGCGUACCAUCUGUUGGCGCCACAGAAGGAGGAUCAUGGAAUCCAUGGCCGAGCAGCAUGCAGCAGUUCGUGUAUUUCGUCCCUCAGCCAUCGGAUGGUUUCACCACGCAGUCUGCCAUGCCAUGGUUCAGCUACAACGGGGCCCUGCCUGGCGCGCUGUUCUACCAGCAGGCCAUGGCUCCAAACCAGCAACUCCGCCAUCAUUCAACGGCUGCAGACAACAAGGUCACACAGAGAGAAGGAUCCUGGACAGGCUCGAACACGGCCCCCGGAUCAGCAGCAGCUCAGAAUUCAGAAGCUGCCGACUCUCGCGGGCGAGGAAACAGCAGCGAGAGCGACACAACUCCCCUACCGCGGUUAACAAAGUGCGAGAGCUCGGUUUCUGUCAGCCUGCAGAGAGGUUUUGUGCCAUACAAGAGAUGCGCCGCCGAGAGCGAGUCGCCGCGAUCAGAGGCGCCCAGGGAGGAGGCAGACGGUGAGUUGACAAGGCUGUGCUUGUGACAGCCGGGGGGAGCCACCACACGCUCCUCACAAUUUUAGAUGUUUGCUAGUUUUGCUCUGAUAUCUUCAGCUGGUCCAGAGAGAUGAUCUGCAGUGGGAAGCAGCUAGAAGCCACGUUAGAUUGAGCAAUUCUGGUUCUUGCUCGUGAAUAUAUAGUUGGAAUCCGUAUUAGUAUCCCUGUUUUUCUUUUCUGCAGCGUGUGUCUGCAAUUUUCCCCCGAAUCGGGAGGCUCAGGGUUCAGUGGUUGUUGCCUGUAUCAACCGGUCUGAGAGGGUUGUCAUAGUCUAACUAUAUGUAAGCUAGGCUUGUUUCACUCUCUAGUCAGCAUUCUGUAAAAGAUAUGAUGGGCAGAAGACGAACAAAACGUCGAAUGCUCUGUAAAUCUGAAGUACAGUACAAUAUGAUAACUUUGAUUUGGUUCA